AAACCAUCAUCAUCCACAACACCCGCAGCAUCAUCAUGGCAGCGUAAACACUAGCCAGCAACAGCAACAGCAGCAGCCGCCGCAACAACAACUACAACAUCAUCAUCACCAUGGAUCUGCUGUUGGUGGUGGUGGUGGUGCAGCUGCAGGAGCAGCGGCGACUCAUUACUACACCGCGGGUCCACCGGGCAGUGGUCAACCGCUGGCCGCCGCAGGACCACACGGACAGGCGUCCUACUAUACACCCGGAGGUACGCACACACAACGAGGGGGUAGUGUUGGGAGUAAUAAUGGAAACGCUGGCAGCAGUAGCACCGUAGGAGGAACGAAUGGUGGCACUAGUGGAACCAACAAUGGGGGACACGCUACACACCAUACGCACGCUUUGACUGCAACGGCUGCAACAGUUAUGCAUAACACGGCCGUAGCUGCAGCCGCCGCUGCGGUUGAACCGUACCAUCAGCAGCUGAUCCCAAUCAAUGCUACCCCUGGGAUGUCGUACGUUAAGAUCGGACACUCGUACUUUCCCUCACUAGCGCUACCCCAGAGCCGUCGAUCGCCUCCAAAUGAAAUACGUCCUCUAGCCGGUGUCUACCCAACUAUGAACAUGGUUAUGCCGGCAUCAGCACGACAAUUCACACCGCGCCCGCAGCACAGCAGUGGUUACGGUGGUAACAAGGCCACGAAAACGCUUCGGUAAACCUUUACAAACUGACACCGUAUCCUGCUGUGGCUCGUCCGGAACGAGUGGGACGGAUUUGAUCAAAGACAGUCUCACCCAGAAGUAUAACCAGAAGCAUAAGAGAACAUGAAACAAACCACUAAACUAAUAACCGUAAACAGCAACGUUUCGUAGCGAUAAACCAUUCUAGAAAACAGACAACAAGAAUAAAGAGAAGGGAUAGCAAAAAAAGCAACACACUCACACAAAAAAGAGCUAAAAAAAUACAACAGCUAAAUUUAAGAAUAUAAUGUGAUCCGAUAACGAAUCGAGCGAGAUAACCUCGGUUUCGAAGAUGAUUUGUGCCCAUGAGGCGCAUUUUGUCCACGCGAAAAAGCCAGUAGACAAAAAGAAAGCGUAACAUCUUAGCUGAUUGUAGCCUGCCUAUCGUACUGAUCGACCGAGCCUCGCUCGCUAGCGAGCAAUGCUGAACCGUUUUUAACAAACAGAAUAGCUAAACCUAUUGCAAAGCCACAAACAGCAGCAACAACAGCAACAGCAUGAUCAUAUAUGUACGUGAGACUGCGCUCGAAAGACAAACAAGUUAUAACAAUAUGCUAUUGGUAGAGAAGUGUAGCUACAGCAGCGAGUAAGAUGUUUAUUUAAGCGUAUAAGUUUGAUACGGGAGUGACAUUCGAAAGCACUUCGAAUCUAUUGCAGGAAUUGUCGUGAAGCGUGUCGUUUCGACAGCGUGGCAGAGUGAAACAGCGGGACAGGGAGCAAGCUCUUGUGAGUUUGCUUGAUAUGGUGUCGGUUCCGAAUAAAAUGGGUGAACCAGUUGCCAUCACAAGUCCUUGACCUCCGCAACAUUGCACAACAGAACAUAACAACAAUAGAUUCGCUGAUCCACAGCUACUCAUUUUACUUUACCUGCCCUUAUGGACCAGCUGUCGUAAGAUGUAGCACUAUUCGAAGAUUUCUUCUAUUUAUCGUAACAUGUUUUUCACAAUGGAACAUAAUGAAUGUUCUCAAUCAACCAGUGAUAGCGGACAGGGAUAAAUGAAGACAGCGUGAACGCGUCAGGAUCAAUGCGAUGGGUGCUGAAAACGUGGAUCGAAAGAGGAGACAUACUCCCGGAGAGAGUGUUGAAAUGUUUAGUACCAGCAAAUGAGGUGCGUUGUGUUUGAUUAGUGGAUCGUUGCAGUUCAUAAAGGAUGUCUAAUCCGACAAAUGGGAUGUACAAAUACGAUGGAUAGGGUCCCGACGGGAGUGAGUUAAAAACGGCGCUAAUGGCUUCGUAUAUUAAUAAACAACGGAAAAUUUGAUUUCCAUACUGAAUUUUGGUAAAUUAAUUUGCUUUUGGCUUGCGUUUGGAAAAAGAUCAAGAUUAUGCAUUAAAUCGCUUCAAUUGAAUCAAAAAAUCCCAUUUGGUUAUUCCAAAUCUGACUACAAUCAAUUGAUGGGAAGAACCUAAGGGAUCUCAAGGGACAUGGAAAAACAAAAUAUAAUCUUUAAACAAAAAUAUGGUUAAACCAUCAGCAUCCUGGACAAACAGAAUAAUUCCCAAUGCAUUGUCAGAUUUCAUUUAUAUUCACUAACAGGAUAAUUCUAUUUUAUUAGGCGCAGGGAAAGCUCUUUAGAUAUUUGGCUUCGUGAAUUUGGGUUAAAUGGACGUUAUAAUGGAUACAAUCUUACGCAAAGCUGCUCCAACAAUACAAUGGUACAAUUUUUUUAACCCUUGGUGGACAAUUAAAUUAAUACAACAGAUUGUGAUUGGGAGCAGCUUUUGUUGCUGCCCAUUUCUAAUGGAAACCAUUGCUAAUGGAAUGGAGUGAAACG